AUUGUCUUUUCUAGGGGAAACGGAAUUAUCCCGAUCGGAAUCAAUUCCGACGAGUUCCAUAAUAGGUACCCUGAUUUUAUAUUUAUUCAUUCUUGAGUGUGAAUUCUUCAUAAGAAGCGGCAACGAUCAUCAGCGCUGCAUAGUAAAAACUUUUACAAAGUACACGUAUACCGGAAAUGACGCUUAGCAUCGGCCAUCCCAUCUCCACAUCAUUCGUAGCGACUCGAUUGAGUUCGGAUAUUUUCGAAUUCCUUCGGCCGCUUCGCACUAAUUGCGAGCUCACUGUUUCAUUCUGUCUCUUUUCUUCUUUCGUGCUUUAUCUUUUCCCACUGUCGUCAAUUCACUCCAGUGGUUUUGUUCCGCGCGUCGUCGCGGUUGUGUCACUUGCGUAUGCGCACGUGUAUAUAUCUGUGUAUGGCCACUUUUUCGAGUUCAGAAUAAAACACAAUGGUGAUCUCACAAGAAAUGGUUUCGAAAGCGGAGGAGAUCGCUGACCAGGUAAUUCGUAAUGGCAAACAUGUGCUUCCAACAUUGGCAAGAGUAUGUCUCAUAGCCACAUUCCUGGAAGAUGGCCUACGAAUGUGGUUCCAAUGGAGCGACCAAAGAGAAUAUAUGAAUGCUUCAUGGGGCUGUGGCAAAUUUCUAGCAACUAUAUUUGUGCUAGUAAAUUUAGUUGGUCAGCUGGGUGGAUGUGUCAUGGUGAUUGGCAGAUGGCGAGUCAGCAUAGCCUGUGGUGUUUUAUUCUUCAUAGUAAUCCUUCAGACCAUUGCAUAUAGCAUCCUAUGGGACAUGCAAUUUUUGUUCAGAAAUCUAGCACUAAUAGGAGCACUUCUGCUGGUAUUGGCUGAGUCCAGAGUAGAAGGCAGAUCACUAUUUGCUGGUGUACCCAGUCUUGGUGAUAAUAAGCCCAAAAAUUUGUUACAACUUGCUGGCCGAAUCCUGCUGGCGUUUAUGUUCAUCACUCUGAUUCGUUUUGAGAUAUCUUUCUUACAAAUCUUGCAAGAUAUUCUUGGCAGUAUUCUCAUGGUAUUGGUAACCAUUGGUUAUAAAACAAAGCUAAGUGCAUUAUUACUUGUGCUGCUGCUCACUGGACUCAAUUUCUAUCAUAAUGCAUGGUGGAGUAUUCCUGACUAUAAGCCACUUAGGGACUUCCUCAAAUAUGAUUUCUUCCAGACAUUAUCAGUUAUUGGAGGCCUCUUGAUGAUAGUUUCUCUAGGUCCAGGUGGGGUAUCGAUGGAUGAACAUAAGAAAGAAUGGUAAAAAUGGCAUUACUAAAGGUGUGAAGAAUAUGCAAUUAUUGGGUUAUCACAAAAGUUAAGAAAAUAUGUCUCCCAUUCCUGUCCCUUUUUAUGCUCAAAAACACUUAAGCGAUUUGUUGUGUGUCAAACAUCAAAAGAAGAAAUUCAGCAUGUCAGGAUAUAUAUUAUUAGCCCAGAAGCUGCAUUCUGUACAAGCUUAUUGACAAUUAUCAGUUUAGUAAAUAUCAUGCAUAGCUAUUUUAUAUCUGAUUAUAUGAUUCUAUACCCGUGCAACUACAUGUACUGAACAAUACAUAUACUGACAGUUGUCGGUAAGCAUGUACAGAAUAGCAACCUAAAGUGAUCGUCAUAUGGUUAAUUGAAAUAUAUAUUAACGCACACACACUGCAACCAGAUAUUAAAAAAAAUUCAAGAUAGUCAAUAAAACUAUCUAACAUCUUAUUUAAGACUAUAAUGUUAACGUG